UUUAGAAUUAAGUGUAGCAGACCCAGGCUAUAUUACGCUUGAUUCACUUCUAAAAGAGAAAAAUGAGAUUUCCUGAAAGUUUGAAGAAUAUCCUAAAAACUGUGACAGUUCAGAGGGAGGAUAAGCAUUCUCCUAUAAUAAGGAAUGAUGACCCUGAUGUUCACUAUACCCCUCCUGGUCAGUACCCAGCUAGUGGACCCAAACCUAGCAAAGUAGGAGUUCUUUUCUACUAUAUGAGUCUGUGUCUUUGCAUUGUUGGACUGCUAUUCCUGACAAAGACCACAUAUGUCUACGAUGAGGACAAGCCGGAUAUCCUGAUGAUGAGUUCGAUCCUGAUUGCUGUCGGGUUCUUCUUCCUUGGAAUCUCAAACACUAUCGAGAACAGGGAACGACGAAAGCUGAUCUCAUACCUUGAGGGAAAAAUUGAAGAACUUAUGAGUCAAAACAGGAAUCCAAGGCCCCUGGACAGCUAAAUGACAACCAGGACAAACUGUCGACAAGUUGGACCAUGUAUUUGCAUUAGGGGUCCUUCUUCCUGUAGUUUGAAAUACUCAAUAUUAUCUCAUAUAUAAUAAUCUCGUUAAUAUUUAUAAAAAUAGGAAAUGACAUUAUUUUUAUCAACUUCCUUUUCUUUAAUUAUCUUGGCUGUUUUUUUUUACAAGAUAUUGGCUGUUUUUCUAGUAUCAAUUGUGCAAUACAAAAAAAAUCCUUAAUUUAUGGGAAAGUGGUGAUUAAACAAAUGUUAACGUUUUUACUUAUUUUGCAAUUUUUACUAUUACACGAUUAGAGUCGUAUUGAUAAAUUUACAAAAAAAAAUAUAAAUUUACAGAAAAAAGUAUAAAUUAACAGAAAAAAAUUGGAACAAAAUGUAAUUUAAAAUUUAAAUAUUGCAAAUUAAUUUCUUAAAGAUCAUAAAUUGAAAUCUUUUAACACCUAAAUUCAAUGCUUAUAACAAUUUUUUCUCCCAGUUAACUUUUGUCAUCUAGCAAAAUGCUCAUCUAAUGGAAGCAUUUCGCACAUUGCAGAUUGUUUAUGCAAUAUGCCACAACACUUUCCUCGUGCAUUUAUUCCUUAUUGUUUUAAUUUAAAAAAAAUAUAUAUUUAGAAUUGAUAUUGUAAAAUAAAUUAUGGAUGAGCAAUA